AUGAGAUUCGGACGAGGCCGGAUGGCAAUCAUCGCCUCAGGGGCCGCUUUGGGUCAAAAGGUGGCGUGUGACGGGAACAACCCAGAGGAACAUGACGAUUCUGCAAGGAGGAGCUCCGAUCCGCCUCCCCCGGACGACGCGGAGAGGAGGACGUUAAUCGCGAGAUGGACGACCGAGAACGAGAUCCCAAACACGAGCUGGCCGCCGCGCCGUGAGGGCGCCGAAGCCGGGUGCCGGCCCGCGCUGAGGCGCGCGUUCGACGCGUGUGGAGGGGAGCAGCGGCUUUUUGCUGCCAAGAGCGGCGGGUGGGUCGCAAAGCGGCACCAUGAGUGCGACGAGAUCACCUUCCAGCUGGCGGUCUCGCUUCUUGGCGGCGCAUGCGCCUGGGCUUUCCUGCUGCGCAACGGCGACGUGGUGGAGGAGGACUCGGCAAAAGCGCUGCACUACCACCACCAGGCCCACGCUUUGUAUGCCGUGGGGCCCCUGUCUUGGGACGCGGCCUCCGCCGGCUACGCGCAGUCGAUGCACGAGAUCGGGACGAUGCACUACCUGGGCGACGGCGUCGAGCCGGACUCGGACGAGGCGGGCACAAAGCAAGACACGGCGUCGGCGCUCGGCUGGUUCGCGGCGGCUGGUGAGCUCGGCCACUGCAGCGCCCGCUCGCGCAUCGUCGCCGAGGGCUUUGGCGGCCUGCCGGCGUGCAUCUACGAGCGGCUGGAGGAGGUCUAG